GCCGGGCCCCGGCGGUGCACAAUGCUCUGUAUGCAGGGGAUCUGCAGCGAGUCAAAGGCAUCUUCAGGGAUGAGAGCACAGCCAAUAUGGUGCUGGAGACGGUCAGCGAGGAGCUGGUGUGGUCACCUGAGCAGGGGCUGUGGGUUCUGAGCCCCCGCACCCAGCAGACCUCAGCGCUGCGCAUCGCGGCCGCCCGCGGUUACGAGGAAUGCGCCCGGCACCUGCUGCUGUGCGGGGCGGAGGUGGACGCCGUGGUGGGUGGGCGGGGGGCUCUGCACGACAGCGUGGCCGCCCCCCGACCCUCAAGCGCCCGCCUGCUGCUGUCGUUCGGUGCCGACCCCAACCUGCUCAGCUCGGACGGCAGCGCUCCGCUGCACCUCUGCACGGCGCCCGACAGCUUGCAGUACGCCCCGCCCCUUCCGCGACAAACCCCGCCCCUUCCGCGACAAACCCCGCCCCCUCAUCUGCAUGCGACGCUCCGCCCCUCCUGUGCGCCACCCAUUCGAUCUGCGCGCUAAGCCCCGCCCGCGCUUGCUGAUAGGCUCUGCCCCCUCGGUCUGCAUAUCCCGGUCACACCUGCGCUCUGGGUCAGCUUUGACCACGCCCACCCGCUGGUCACGCCCACACACCGCACCACCUUUUCCACCAAAGCCACGCCCACAUCUGACUGUGAUUUGCAUGUCGGGCUCCGCCUCCCACGUCAAUUCCCAUUGGCUCGCUGGAGCAAGCCACGCCCCCAAACAGCGCACACCCACCCUAAAGCCACGCCCACUCGCCCCGCGCCCGCCGGCGAUCCC